UCCCGGUAAAAACUUCAACGUAGUCAGUUGUUUUGCUUUUUUCACUCUGAGAUUUCCUGUUGUUGUUUUUCCUAUUUGAGGGUACUUUUCACCCUUCGUGUGUGGAAUUAGUGUAGUUUUUCCUUUGAUGAAACCCUCAAGAACGCUCCGAGGUUGAAGUGCAGCAGUGAAAUUUCACACGAGAAAUGGUGAAAGUGGGCAAAGUGUUGAUUUGCGGAAUGAAAGGCGUUGGGAAGACGGCGAUCAUUGAGCAGCUAAUCUGUGGAAAUAUCACUCCGGACUCGGAACUUCAUCCCACCAUUGAAGACACUUACGUGGCGAGCAUCGACACCGGACGCGGCGCGCGCGAUCUGCUGCGCAUCUUCGACACUGCCGGGCUGCAGGGGAACAUCCAGCUGCCGCGGCAGUACUUCCAGCUGUCGGACGCCUUCGUGCUGGUGUACGAUCCCAGCGAUCCGGCCAGUCUGGACAUCCUGGCGGGCGUGAAGAGUGACAUUGAAAAGUGCAAGGACAAGAAGGAGAUGAUCGUGAUCGUCGUGGCCAAUAUGCACAUGCGCGGCCACCGCGGCGGCAUGGAUCCCGCUGAGGCCAUCCUCAAUCGGGCGAACAUCUGGUGCGCCCGCGAGCGCUUCAAGCACUACGUGGUGAACGCAAUGGAGCGAGCCUCGCUCUACGAGCCCUUCAUCAGUCUCGCCGCCAGAAUUCACGUGCCGCAGACCAAGAGCGCCUUCCCGCAGCUCAGCAAACUCACGCAGAAGAACUCCCUCAACUACUGAC